AUGUCUUUCAUAAAAGCACUCCCAGAGGAGGAAACUCCCGCUGCCAGGCGGCACAACAGCUUCUUUGCUAAACUCAGAGCCCAAACCCUGAAAUGGAAUGGGAGGGAGCGCAGCGGCGUUGGGCGGGGCAGCGUUCUUCGUGAGGGCUGUUGGUCCCACGGUCUGUCUGAGAGAGUCAGGGCUGCGGCAGGUAGCGGCGGCGGCGGCGGUGGCGGCGGUGGCGGCAGAAGCAGCGAGGCUCGGGCGAUGGCAGCGCUGCGAUCAGAAGCGGCUGCAGCAGCGGCGGCGGCCGUGGGGCCGUCCACACGGGGCGGUGGCGCGAGCAGGCUCAGCCGGGCCCGGUGUCGGUGGCGAUGGGGCCUGGCGGGCGCGAGCUGCGCGCUCCUCCUGCCGCUGCUGCUGCUGCUGUGCGCGCCCCCGAGCGUGGCCCAGAAGAAGAAAGAGAACCUCUUGGCAGAAAAAGUGGAGCAGCUGAUGGACUGGAGUGUGAGGCGCUCAGUUAUCCGAAUGAAUGGGGACAAAUUCAGGAGGUUUGUGAAGGCGCCACCCCGGAACUACUCUGUCGUGGUGAUGUUCACAGCCCUCCAGCCUCAGAGACAGUGCUCAGUGUGCAGGCAGGCCAAUGAAGAGUACCAGGUGCUGGCAAACUCAUGGCGCUACUCAUCGGUCUUCUCCAACAAGCUCUUCUUCAGUGUCGUGGAUUAUGAUGAGGGCGCGGAUGUUUUCCAACAGCUCAACAUGAACUCAGCGCCCACCUUCAUGCAUUUUCCUCCCAAAGGGAAGCCCAAGCGUGCAGACACUUUUGACCUGCAGAGAAUUGGGUUUGCUGCCGAGCAGUUGGCCAAAUGGAUUGCUGACCGGACAGAUGUUCAUAUUCGUGUUUUCCGGCCACCCAACUACUCGGGUACCAUUGCCUUGGCCCUGCUCAUCUCUCUGGUUGGAGGUCUGCUGUACUUGAGGAGGAACAACUUGGAGUUCAUCUAUAACAAGACGGGCUGGGCCAUGGCCUCCCUGUGUGUGGUCUUUGCUAUGACAUCUGGACAAAUGUGGAAUCACAUCCGUGGACCUCCAUAUGCUCAUAAGAACCCUCAGAAUGGACAAGUGAGUUACAUCCAUGGGAGCAGCCAGGCUCAGUUCGUGGCUGAAUCACACAUCAUCCUACUGCUGAAUGCUGCCAUCACCAUGGGGAUGGUUCUCCUCAACGAAGCUGCCACCUCCAAAGGGGAUGUGAGCAAGAGAAGAAUCAUCUGCCUGGUGGGCCUGGGCCUGGUGGUAUUCUUCUUCAGCUUUCUGCUGUCCAUCUUCCGCUCCAAGUACCAUGGAUACCCCUACAGCUUUUUAAUUAAAUGAAAUCCAGCAGGAUUUGUCCAAGAUGAAUGUUUACCAAGAAGAUAAAUUCUUCCUGAUCCUGAUACCAACAUUAUGUUCUUUAGAAUUCCUGUGGUUCCACCAUUAAAUGUGAUGUUAGACUCAUCUUGUAUGUAAUUAAUUGUGCAUUGUGCUAGUGAAAAAAAUAGACCAUUUAAUUUUCGGAAAGAUGAUGAAGGUAAACACCACCUCUAUAAAGACCAUAUCAGACAGCUGGGUAUUAUUUAUUUCCUGUUUGUGAUACAAGGUUGGAAUAAAAUUAACAGUAUUAUUGAAUUAUUUAGUAAUUAGUCAAAGAAACCCAAAUGUAAUCGAUGUAAGUGUUCUUGCCAAUGUUCCAGGCACAAGCUGUAUGCAUGAAAUAUGCCCUAUAUGUAUGAAUUAGACUUGUGGCUGUGAUAAAGUGAAUGAGCUCUU